AUGGCUCCCAUCUACAAGAAGGUUCUCAUCGUGGGCGCUACAUCCGGCAUCGGCUGGGGCAUCGCAUCCGCCCUUGUCAAGCAGGGCACGCAUGUCAUUGUUGUCGGUCGCCGCGUCGAUAAGCUCGAGGAGUUCUGGAAGGAGCAUGGCGGAACCGACGACAGUUGGAGCAUUCAAAGCGAGCACUUCGACGCGACAGAGCUCCGCGAGAUUCCUUCGUUCGCAACCAAGAUCAUCGAAAGGAACCCAGACCUUGACUGUGUGAUUCUCAACUCCGGAAUUCAACGUCCCUUCGACUUCACCAACUCCAAUGGACUGAGCUCGGACGACCUACAGACACUCGACACAGAAAUGACCACAAACUACACCUCCUACGUGCAUCUCACGGCUGCAUUCAUGCCAUUCCUCCUUAAGUCCAAGACCCCAACAAACCUCAUCUACAUCUCCGCCACGCUCGGCCUCGUUCCUGGCCUCCUACGCACACUCAACUACAACGCCAGCAAGUCCGCCCUGCAUACCUUCAUUCUCAACCUUCGCGAGCAGCUCAACGGGUCCAAAGAGGAUGGCAAGAAUGCCAACGUCCCCAAGAUUAUCGAGAUCUUCCCGCCAGCAGUACAGACUGAGCUGCACGAUGAGAAGCAUCAGCCGGACUUGGUCAACGGUGGACAGAUCGGCAUUCCGCUGGACACGUUCAUCGAGGCGAUGAUGGGCGCGUUGGGCGGGGAUGAGGUGCCUGAUGAGUUCACGGUGGGCAAUGAUGGGAAAGUUGGGGAGGUGAUGCCGUUUGAGAAGGAGAGGCAGAAGGCUAUGAAGGGGAUGGCGGCUUUCUUGAAGGGCGAUGCUGGGCUGAGGAAGUUCUUGAAGAGCGAGCAGAAGGCUUGA